CCCUCUUAAGCAGCGAGUCCGGCAGGCGCUUCACCAGAGAAGACAGGAUGAAGGCGGCGGAGAAGCAGAAAGAAGUUCUUGUCAAGUCUCCGAGUAAGAAAGAGAAGGAUCAGAGCUGGAUCCCCAACAUCAUCAAGAAGCGAGUGUGCACCGCUUUUGUUGAAGACUCGUCCAGUGAUGGAGAGCUGUGUCUUUGUGGUGGCGUGCGGAACUUGCAUAACACUUUCCCUGAGGAGAAAGAAGAGACCGAGGAGUCCCCGGAUGCUGUCCACCUGUGGGACAGUAGCAAGCACACCACAGAGUGUCCCACCGAUGCCUUCGGAGAGCUCGAGUUUGCUGGCGCCAGUUGCAGGCACAGUUAUUUUCUGCGGUUAUCAUGUGACACACCACCUCAAAAAAUCUACACCCUGCUGACCACACACUGGCGAUUGCCCUCACCCAAUUUGGUGGUGUCAGUGGUGGGAGGCGAAGGACGUGAGACGAUCAAAACAUGGGUGAGAGAUGUCCUGAGGAAUGGGCUGGUUCGAGUUGCACAGAGUACAGGGGCCUGGAUCUUUACGGGCGGUCUACGAGAAGGCGUGGCUCGCUGUGUCGGCGAGGCGGUGAGGGAUCACAGCGCUGCAGCUUCGAAGCUCUCCAAGAAGAAAGUCAUAGCCGUGGGAAUCGCACCCUGGGGCAUUGUUUUCGACAGACAACAUCUCGUUAAUGCAGAGGGAAGCUUCCCUGCUCGCUACUACGUCCAGAACACGGCACAUGACUCGUGCCUCCUGGACAACAACCACCAAGCUUUCUUGCUGGUGGAUGAUGGGAGUAGCGGCCGAAGAGGAGGAGAGACAGCCUUUCGUGCAGGUCUGGAAGGUCAUAUCUCUCACCAGCGCACUGGCAUUCUGGGUAGUGGCAGCAUUGAAAUUCCAGUGCUGUGUAUGCUCAUCUCAGGAGACGCCAGCAUGCUGAAAAGACUAGAGAAUUCUUUGAAUAAAUCCACUCCCUGGCUUGUCCUCGCCAACACUGGUCCAGCUGCAAACCUGAUCAGUGAGCUUCUAAUGACUCUUCCUUGCAUCGCAAUAAGCCCCUCUUCAUUCGAGGCGGGUGAUAUGGACUGUAUCUGCAUGGACAUCCGUGACAGGAUCCACGACAAGAUCCAGAAACACUUUCCAAAUGAAAGUGACCAGGACAAACUGGUGGACAGCGCUCUGACUAUUCUUUUUAACAGAGAGCUCAUCACUGUGUUCCACGCGGAGCAGGGACUUGAUGAAUUUGAUAAUGUACUCCUCAAAGCCCUUGUUCGAGCUAGCAAACGUUUGUCCAGCGACGCCAGUGAGUACACUGAAGAGUUGAAACUGGCUGUGGCCUGGAACCGAGUGGACAUCGCCAAGACAGAACUCUUCACCGGGAACAUACUGUGGAAGUACGAUGACCUGGAAGGUUCAAUGACAGAUGCUCUCGUCAACGACAAGCCUCAGUUUGUGCGGCUCUUCUGUGAAAACGGUCUGAAUAUUUUGGACUACCUGACAUACCAGCGCUUGGAGAGUUUGUAUCGCUCGCUCUCGGACAGCUGCGUGGCCUACGUUCUACUGCAGAGGCGCCUGAGUGACCGUCUGAGUCUGGAUGGAUCUCGACCCAGUCUGAACGGAGUCAUAGGGGCACCGCGCUUGAGCACACAGAGUGCAACAUCCGGACCUGCUUCAGGGAAUGACCUCAGCUUGUUUGAGGUAUCACGUGUUCUGUGGGACCUGCUGGGAGAUGUCUGUCAGCCUUUCUACUAUGAGCCCCUUGGUCUGGACUUCAAGAUCGGCUCUUCAAAGGCCCUCAGACAAGUCAACAAGAUGCUGCAUGGGGGCAAUUGUGCGUACCGGGACCAACGUUGCCACUCGCCAUGGGCAGCGCUCUACAUCUGGGCUAUCUUGCAGAACCGCAGUGAGAUGGCUGUUUAUUUCUGGGAAAUGGCUGGCGAGUCGGUCAUGUGUGCCCUCGGUGGUUGCAAGCUGCUGAGGGAACUUUCUCAUUUGGAGAGUGAGAAUGAGAGCAAAGCGGCCAUGAAAGAGCUGGCACAGAAGUUUGAGGAUCUUGCACACGAUGUAUUUGGAGAAUGUUACCAGAGCAGCGAGAGGCGCUCCUUCACCCUCCUGAUAAGAAAGUCUCCAGUGUGGGUUGGAGCGACGUGUCUGCAGAUGGCAACUGCGGCUGAUGCUCGCCUGUUCUUCAGCCAUGACGGCGUUCAGUCGUUGCUGUCCCAGAUCUGGUGGGGCAGCAUGGACAGAACUACCGAGGCGUGGAAGCUGGUGAUCGCCUUCUUCAUGCCCCCUCUCAUCUUCAUAGAUUUUAUCAGCUUCAGGCAGCAGGAAGACGAGGAUAAUCCAGUAGUUGUCCAGGUCAACCUCAAAGACGCUGACAUUCUGGAGGACAAUGAUGGCGUAGUCUUCCCCCUUGCUGAUAUUGUACACAAGGAUGAAGAGGCGGAUGAGUCCCAGGCUCUAAAAGAAAACCUAACAUCCUCUUCAACAUCCGACAUCAGGACACCACCGUUCAUUGUGACGCGGUGGAGACAGUUUUGCGGCGCCCCCGUCACCACCUUCCUGGGCAACGUGCUGAUGUACUUCCUGUUUCUCUGCCUUUUCGCCUACAUCCUGUUGGUGGAUUUCAAGCCCCCACCUCCAAAAGGCCCUUCUUCCCUGGAAUUUGUGCUUUACUUUUGGGUUUUUACAUUAGUUUGUGAAGAAAUCCGACAGAUCUUUUUUGUGUCCAGCAACUUUAUGCUCCAGGGGAUGAAGAGUUACAUCAAAGAUAUUUGGAACCAGUGUGACGUCACAGCCAUCACAAUCUUCAUUUGUGCUCUUGGCUGCAGAAUGUUCCCGCAGUCGUUCAAGUUCGGCCGAGCGCUGAUGGCAAUCGAUUUCAUGGUCUUCACGCUGCGUCUGAUCCACAUCUUUGCCGCCCACAAGCAACUCGGGCCAAAGAUUAUUAUCGUUGGCAAAAUGAUGAAAGACAUUUUCUUCUUCCUCUUUUUCCUGACUGUGUGGGUCAUCGCCUAUGGAGUAGCCAACCAGGCGCUCCUCUAUUCAUACGAUCCACGUCCCAACUGGAUAUUUCGCCGAGUCUUCUACAGACCCUACCUGUAUAUAUUCGGACUCAUUGACGUACAAGAAGUGGAUGCUGAUUUGAUCGGGGACAAGAGUUGUACCAACAAUGUGACGCUAAUCGAAGCGGGACACGAGCCUUGCACAAACGCCGACGUCAACUGGCUGGUUAUCGUCCUUCUGGUCAUCUAUCUGCUGGUUACCAACAUACUGCUAAUCAAUCUCCUCAUCGCCAUGUUCAGUUUCACCUUCAACGAAGUUCAGGAGCGCAGUGACAUCUACUGGAAAUUCCAACGUUACAACUUGAUCGUGGAAUACCACUCCAGGCCUUCCAUGGCGCCGCCAUUCAUCAUCAUUUCACAUAUUAUUCUUUUUAUCAAGAGAAUCGUCCGCCAUAUACCCUCGGAAAAGACAAAACACUUUGUUUUGGAUUUGCCGGACAUCAAAGCCAGCCAGAUCAACAUGUGGGAGGCGAUCCAGAAAGAAAACCUCCUCUCAGCUGAGAAUAAGCGGCAUCGAGAUAGUGACACGGAACGCCUCAAGCGUACAUCUUUCAAGGUGGACAAUGUGCUGAAGAAAAUGAACGCACAUCAUGACCACGACCAACGUUUGCAGCUCCUGGAGACAGAGAUGGAGUACUGCUGCAACUCCCUCUCCUGGAUGAUGGAGGCCAUGUCUCAGAGUAACAUCAUCAAAGCCAACCGCCCCCCUCCAGUCUUAAGAGACCUGUCUCCAAGCUGAACUUCCUAAACUCUCCUCACAGAGACAUGUGUGAGCACACACACACACACACAAUCUUGUAUUUUUUACCUUCUUGAGACCGCCGAAAAAGGCCUACCUCUUUAGGAACAACCUUUCUAGAUUUAUAAAGAUUUUUAUUUACAAUAUUACUAAUAUAUACAUACUAUGCAAAGAUAAAAACGUAAGUUUUUAGUUGAAUUUUUUUUAUUUGAUUAUUUUUUGUUUGUAAUUGGUUUUUAAACUUCAUUUUUUGAUAGGUUGAUUGGCAACAGUAAAUUGGCCCUAGUGUGUGAAUGUGAGUGUGAAUGUUGUCUGUCUAUCUGUGUUGGCCCUGCGAUGAGGUGGCGACUUGUCCAGGGUGUACGCCGCCUUCCGCUUGAUUGUAGCUGAGAUGGGCACCAGCGCCCCCCGCGACCGUAAAGGGAAUAAGCGGUAGAAAAUGGAUGGAUGGAUAUUUACUUCAAUUUAUUACAGUAUGUCGCUAUAUACUGUACAUAUUUAUUUAUUUUUCUAAAUACAUUUUGACCAAAGGGGGUGCAUUUCAAUUUCUGACACACACUUGUCAUUACAUAUGAUGGCCAGAGGGGGGGGCCACUUCAGAUUUUUACACACACUUGUUAUUUCAUAUAUUGACCAUGCACUUUUAAAAACCGACAGUCAAUUUGAAAAAUCCCACUUUUUUGGGACCACCCUAAUUUUGAUAGAUUUCACCACCAUUCUCUAAUAGAUGCAAUGGUUUUCUGUAUUGGAACCAUGAUUUCGGUCCUAACUUGUUCACCGGUCCUCAUAUCGAAGGUACUUUUCCUUGUUGAUGUCUCAAGAAGGGUGGAAAUACAACUGCACACACACACACACACACUCACACACACACACACACACACACACACACACACACACACACACACACACACAGUGUACUCAAGAGUCAAAUAUGAUUUAAAUUGCUCUUUAAGUUGGGUUGAUGUUGACAUGCAACAAUGUGUUCAACAUAAAAUGUUUGAGUUAAAAUUGUAUUUCCCUAAUUGUGUUCAUGGUUUUGUUUAUUUGUUAUUAUUUCCUGUUUCCGCCUGCAUUUCCUGUCCGUCUUUUGUUUCCCCAUAAGAUGCCUCAACUGACAACCUUAAUUUGGAUCUGUGACGGACCUCCUAACUCAAAACACUCAAGUUAACCAUGAAAUGAAUUUAAUUGGGGCUUGUUUCCCCCAAAACAGCACAAUUUUAACACGCAACAUGCCAAACAUUUAGAUAAGAAUUAUGGAAAUAAUUACACUAUUUUUUGAAGUCUUAUAAUAAUAAUAAUAAUAUUGUACAGCAUUUACCUUGAGGAGCACACUUCUACAGUAUCUACUUUAAGCUGCUUCUCCGUCAAACACGCCAUCAGCAACAUUUCUGUAUUUUCAGGGAUAAAUGUAUUAUCUAAACAUUCAUGGCUGGCAUUAGACUCAUUCUGCUUCAGUAUGGUGAAUGCUUGUCCAAGUGGCGACCCGCUUAGUCAUAUUUUUAAUGAUUUCAUUUGCUUUGCUUAGCUUGUCAACCAAAGAAUGUCAUUUUUGCACAUGCUGCCUAAGUCUCUGCAUCCCGGGGUCCAAACCGAAACCAAUCAUUGCUUUUGCCGAUAACACUUGUUCUUGAUGAGAAGAUUUUUGAGAAAAUGUUGUGAGAGAUGAUUUCAAAUAAACUGUGUAAAACAUCAA